AUGCCUCCUGGACACCUCCCUGGACUGAUUGGAACAACGUGUUCUCAAACAGUAACCACAACAUCUGAGGACACAACUGUAUCAACACUCACAUCCCAAUCAAACAGCACAGAUUCACCACUCACCACAGCUUCAGAAUCAGCAUUCACAACUUUGUCAUCAGGUAACACAGAACCAACUGUAACAAAUCCACCAGCCAGCACAGUGCCAGAAACAGCGUUAACAACUCCCCCAGCCAGCACAGUGCCAGAAACAGCGUUAACAACUAUAUUACCUGCCAGCACAGAGCCAGAAACGGCAUUAACAACUCCCCCAGCCAGCACAGAGCCAGAGACAGCCAUCACAACUCCCCCAGCCAGCACAGAGCCAGAGACAGCCAUCACAACUCCCCCAGCCAGCACAGUGCAAGAAACAGCCAUAACAACUCCCUCAGCCAGCACAGUGCCAGAGACAGCGUUAACAACUCCCCGAGCCAUCACAGUGCAAGAAACAGCCAUAACAACUCCCCCAGCCAGCACAGAGUCAGAGACAGCCAUAACAACUCCCCGAGCCAGCACAGUGCAAGAAACAGCCAUAACAACUAUAUUACCUACCAGCACAGUGCCAGAGACAGCCAUAACAACUCCCCCAGCCAGCACAGUGCAAGAAACAACUGUAACAACUCCCCCAGCCAGCACAGUGCAAGAAACAACUGUAACAACUCCCUCAGCCAGCACAGAGUCAGAGACAACUGUAACAACUAUAUUACCAGCCAGCACAGUGCCAGAGACAGCCAUAACAACUCCCCCAGCCAGCACAGUGCAAGAAACAACUGUAACAACUCCCUCAGCCAGCACAGAGUCAGAGACAACUGUAACAACUAUAUUACCAGCCAGCACAGAGUCAGAGACAACUGUAACAACUAUAUUACCAGCCAGCACAGUGCCAGAAACACCUGUGACAACUUCCCCAGCCAGCAAAAUGCCAGAAACAGCCAUAACAACUCCUCCAACCAGCAGAGUGCCAGAACCAGCCAGCACAACUAUAAUACCAACAAACACAGUGCCAGAACCAGCCAUAGCAACUAAUUUACCAGCCAGCACGUCAGAAACUGUAACAACUUCUCCAACCAGAAGAGUGCCAGAACCAGCCAAUACAACUAUAAUGUCAACAAACACAGUUUCAGAAACAGCCGUAACAACUCCUCCAACCAGCAGAGUGACAGAACCAGCAAACUCAACUAUGUUACCUGCCAGCACAAUCCCAGAAACAGCUAACACAACUGUCUUACCAGCCAUCACAGUGCAACAACCAGCCAGCACAGUACCAGAACCAGCGAUUACAACUAUAUUACAAGCCAGCACAGUGCCAAACCCAAAGGACACAUCUGUAUUACCAUCCAGCACAGUGACAGAAUCAGCCAGAACAACAAUAUUAAUUGCCAGCAUGGUGCCAGAACCAGCCAGUACAACUGUAUUACCAGCCAGCACUGUGGCAAAACCAACGGACACAACUAUAUUACCAGCCAGCACCUUGCCAAAACCAAUGGACACAACAUUUGCGAUAGUCAGUACAGUGUCAAAACAAGCUGUAACAACUUCAGCAGACAACAUAGUAUCGCACCCAGCCAACAUAACUUCAUCUUCAGCUCCAUCAACUACUGCGAUUUUAGCACUGACUGACGCAACCUCAGUAUCAAUUAAUGCUACUGUGCCACCAUCUAAAACCACUGCAUCAGGCAUUCUAACUUCUUCACCUGAAAUAACAACUUCACCAAUAGAAGGCACCUCCCCACCACAUGGGACAGCAACCUCUCAAGCGCUAAUUUCCUCUUUACCUUCUACUGGCACACCCUCUGAAUCAGCAGCCUCGUCAUCACCAGGUGGACCUUCUGUGAAUUCACCUCCACAAAUGACCUCACCAGUGGUCAGCCCAGCAUCACCUAGAGAAGCCACAACUUUUUCAACUGAGAACUUGAGUUCACCACCAGUCAGCAUCAGCCCACCAUCAUCAGCUCCCCCAAGUCCUGAAUUAACAUCAGCCUCAUCAGUCAACCCAACCUCACCUACAGUGAUACACGUAUCCUCGCCUCCUUCCAAUUUGCCACCAGUCAGUAUAACGCCUCCAAAUCCACAAACCUCAGGCCCUGCAAGCUCUCCACCUGCUAUUCAAACAUCCAUAACACCAGCAACCGCACCUACAACAGCUACGACUCCAGCUCCAGCUCCACCUUCAACUCUAACUACAACUACAACCACAACUACAACUACAACCACGACUACAGCUACAACUACCACAACCACAACCAUAGCUCCUGAAAAACCAGAACCUAAAGUCAUUUUAAAAUUUAAGGUGGAGGAAACCUUUCAGCCAAAACUUGCAGACAAAACCUCUCCAGAGUUUAAGGCAUUAGAGACUAAAGUAACUACACAGCUCAACAAAGUCUAUAAAGAAGAGUACGGAGAUAAAUUUAAUCGAACGAUCAUCAAUGGAUUCAGUGCUGGAUCCAUUAAUAUCGAUGCUGUGCUGAUAUUCAAUAAUGUGACGACAUUACCAAAUGCCAGUUCUGUUGUUGACACUUUGGUGAAUGCUACCAUGAAUGGAAAUUUAAACCUUACUGUCAACACAAGUUCUAUUGUUGCUCAAGAGGUUAUACCAACUGAGACACCGACUACAACAGCGGUUUCCACACCAGCGAUUUCAACUUCGUUAACAGAAAAUACAACUCCACUUCCAGGGAUUGUGACCCCAACAGUCAUCCCGACCUCAAUCUCACCCACACCAGGUCUCCUCUUAACGACGAAUGCUACUUCACCACCAUUUAUCCAAACGGCAUCAGUCACUCCACCUUCAGUAACCACUGAAACAUUGCCAGUGGUCAACUCAACCUUACCACCACUACAAGGAGAAACCACACCAACACUAACUUCUUCACCAAAUACUACAACUUCACCAGCAUUCAAUAUGACAUCACCUACACUGAAUUCAAACUCUCCGCUAGUCAGUUUAUCUUCAUCUCCAAUCACUGCAUCUUCAUCUCCAAUAACAACUUCACCAGAAGUCAACUUGACAUCACAUACACUGAAUGCAACUUCUUCUCCAGUCAGUCCAUCUUCAUCUCCAGUCACUGCAUCUUCACCUCCAAUCACUACAACUUGCCCAGAAGUCAACUUGACAUCACAUACACUGAAUGCAACUUCUCCGUUAGUCAGUCCAUCUUCAUCUCCAAUCACUACAACUUCACCAGAAGUCAACUUGACAUCACUUACACUGAAUGCAACUUCUUCUCCAGUCAGUCCAUCUUCAUCUCCAAUCACUGCAUCUUCACCUCCAAUAACAACAUCUUCACCAGAAGUCAACUUGACAUCACAUACACUGAAUGCAACUUCUCCUCCAGUCAGUUCAUCUACACCGCCAAUCAGUGCAGCCUCGCAACUAGUCAGUUCAACUUUAGGACCAGUCAACACCACGUCCCCACUAGCACCUCCAAAUGUUUCAACUGCUGCUUCGUCUACAUCAGUGGCAUUGACCACAUUAACAGCAACAAAUGCAACCUCUCCACCAGUCAGUGGAACAUCACAGCUCCCAUUGUCCUCUACACAACCCACAGCUACUACAACUACGAUGACUACGACACCUACAUCUACAAUUACAACUACCACAACUACAACUACAGCUCCUGCAAAAUCAGAACCUCAAAUAUCGCUAAAAUUUAAGGUGGAGGAACCCUUUGAACCAAAACUUUCAAACAAAACCUCUCCAGAGUUUAAGGCAUUAGAAGCAAAAGUAACUACACAGCUCAACAAAAUCUAUGCACAAGAGUACGGGAAUAGAUUUAAUCGAACGAUCAUCAAUGGAUUCAGUGCUGGAUCCAUUAAUAUCGAUGCUGUGCUGAUAUUCAAUAAUGUGACGACAUUACCAAAUGCCAGUUCUGUAGUUGACACUUUGGUGAAUGCUACCAUGAAUGGAAAUUUAAACCUUACUGUCAACACAAGUUCUAUUGUUGCUCAAGAGGUUAUACCAACUGAGACACCGACUACAACAGCGGUUUCAACACCAGCGAUUUCAACUUCGUUAACAGCCAAUUCAUCCCCAUCAGUUGGUUUGGCCACAACUCCAGUUGCUAAUUCACCUACACAAAAUGCAACUUCACCUCCACUCAUUGCAUCAUCACCAGCAGUCAACGUGACACCAGCACCAAUAAAUGAAACUUCACCUCCAAUCAGUUCACCUUCACCUCCAGUCAGUUCAACUUCAGGACCUGUCAACAUCACAUCACCACCAGUCAAUAUAUUUUCCUCCCUACAAAAAGCAGUUACUUCAACUAUUGCUUCACCCUCAACGCCACCAGUUACCAUAACAACACCCACAACUACAACUACAUCACCACCAGAUGCAACCGUUGGGCUGCAGCUUACAUUUAACCAACCAUACGAUAACAACCUGUCUAACCCUUCCUCUGAUGCAUUUCAAGCACUGGCACAACAAUUGCAACAGUUGCUUGAUGGCAUCUACAGUCGAAGAUAUGGUAGAAGAUUUAGAAGAUCUCGUGUCAAGAGCUUCAGGCGAGGUUCAGUUGUGGCAAAUUCAGAUCUGAUAUUUGAAAAUGCCACCUCAGUGCCAGACAUUGGCGAUGUGCAGAAUACUAUACUGGAGGCGAGAAAUGCUUCCAACAAUACCCUUCUGCAAGAAUUGACAAGUGUUAAUGUAACUGCACCUUCAAAUGCAUCAACUGCUGCUCCUCCUACACCAGAGACUCCAACCACUUUACCAGCAACAAGUGCAACUUCACCAGCAGGCAACACAUCAUCACUAAAUGCAACUUCCCAACCAGUCAGUUCACCUUCACCUCCCGUCAGUGCUACUCCAACACCAGUCAAUAUCACUUCACCACCAUCAAACAUAUCAUCACAAUUCCCAUUGUCCACCAUACGACCAACAGCAUCAAAUGUGACUUCACCACUAAUAAAUUCAACUUCUCCACCAGUCAGUGCAACAGCAGUACCAGUCAACAUCACUUCAUUUAAUACAACAUCACAACUCACAUCACCCACCUCACAAUCAGCAGUUACUUCAACUAUUGCUUCACCCUCAACGCCACCAGUUACCAUAACAACACCCACAACUACAACUACAACUACAUCACCACCAGACGCAACCGUUGGGCUGCAGCUUACAUUUAACCAACCAUACGAUAACAACCUGUCUAACCCUUCCUCUGAUGCAUUUCAAGCACUGGCACAACAAUUGCAACAGUUGCUUGAUGGCAUCUUUAGUCGAAGAUAUGGUAGAAGAUUUAGAAGAUCUCGUGUCAAGAGCUUCAGGCGAGGUUCAGUUGUGGCAGAUUCAGAUCUGAUAUUUGAAAAUGCCACCUCAGUGCCAGACACUGUAGAUGUGGAGAAAACUAUACUGGAGGCGAGAAAUGCUUCCAACAAUACCCUUCUGCAAGAAUUGACAAGUGUUAAUGUAACUGCACCUUCAAAUGCAUCAACUGCUGCUCCUCCUACACCAGAGACUCCAACCACUUUACCAGCACCCACAACUACAACUACAUCACCACCAGAGGCAAUCGUUGGGCUGCAGCUUACAUUUGACCAACCAUAUGAUAACAACCUGUCCAACUCUUCCUCUGAUGCAUUUCAAGCACUGGCACAACAUUUGCAACAGUUGCUUGAUGGCAUCUUAAGUAGAAGAUAUGGUGGACGAUUUAGAAGAUCUCGUGUCAAGAGCUUCAGGCGAGGUUCAGUUGUGGCAGAUUCAGAUCUGAUAUUUGCAAAUGCCACCUCCGUGCCAAACACUGCAGAUGUGCUGAAAACUAUACUGGAGGCGAAAUUUGCUUCCAACGAUACCCUUCUGCAAAAUUUGACAAGUAUUAAUGUAACUGAACUUUCAAAUGCAUCAACUGCUGCUCCUCCUACAUCAGUGACUCCAACCACUUUACCAGCACCCACAACUACAACUACAUCACCACCAGAGGCAAUCGUUGGGCUGCAGCUUACAUUUGACCAACCAUAUGAUAACAACCUGUCCAACUCUUCCUCUGAUGCAUUUCAAGCACUGGCACAACAUUUGCAACAGUUGCUUGAUGGCAUCUUAAGUAGAAGAUAUGGUGGACGAUUUAGAAGAUCUCGUGUCAAGAGCUUCAGGCGAGGUUCAGUUGUGGCAGAUUCAGAUCUGAUAUUUGCAAAUGCCACCUCCGUGCCAGACACUGCAGAUGUGCUGAAAACUAUACUGGAGGCGAAAUUUGCUUCCAACGAUACCCUUCUGCAAAAUUUGACAAGUAUUAAUGUAACUGAACUUUCAAAUGCAUCAACUGCUGCUCCUCCUACAUCAGUGACUCCAACCACUUUACCAGCACCCACAACUACAACUACAUCACCACCAGAGGCAAUCGUUGGGCUGCAGCUUACAUUUGACCAACCAUAUGAUAACAACCUGUCCAACUCUUCCUCUGAUGCAUUUCAAGCACUGGCACAACAUUUGCAACAGUUGCUUGAUGGCAUCUUAAGUAGAAGAUAUGGUGGACGAUUUAGAAGAUCUCGUGUCAAGAGCUUCAGGCGAGGUUCAGUUGUGGCAGAUUCAGAUCUGAUAUUUGCAAAUGCCACCUCCGUGCCAGACACUGCAGAUGUGCUGAAAACUAUACUGGAGGCGAAAUUUGCUUCCAACGAUACCCUUCUGCAAAAUUUGACAAGUAUUAAUGUAACUGAACUUUCAAAUGCAUCAACUGCUGCUCCUCCUACAUCAGUGACUCCAACCACUUUACCAGCACCCACAACUACAACUACAUCACCACCAGAGGCAAUCGUUGGGCUGCAGCUUACAUUUGACCAACCAUAUGAUAACAACCUGUCCAACUCUUCCUCUGAUGCAUUUCAAGCACUGGCACAACAUUUGCAACAGUUGCUUGAUGGCAUCUUAAGUAGAAGAUAUGGUGGACGAUUUAGAAGAUCUCGUGUCAAGAGCUUCAGGCGAGGUUCAGUUGUGGCAGAUUCAGAUCUGAUAUUUGCAAAUGCCACCUCAGUGCCAGACACUGCAGAUGUGCUGAAAACUAUACUGGAGGCGAAAUUUGCUUCCAACGAUACCCUUCUGCAAAAUUUGACAAGUAUUAAUGUAACUGAACUUUCAAAUGCAUCAACUGCUGCUCCUCCUACAUCAGUGACUCCAACCACUUUACCAGCACCCACAACUACAACUACAUCACCACCAGAGGCAAUCGUUGGGCUGCAGCUUACAUUUGACCAACCAUAUGAUAACAACCUGUCCAACUCUUCCUCUGAUGCAUUUCAAGCACUGGCACAACAUUUGCAACAGUUGCUUGAUGGCAUCUUAAGUAGAAGAUAUGGUGGACGAUUUAGAAGAUCUCGUGUCAAGAGCUUCAGGCGAGGUUCAGUUGUGGCAGAUUCAGAUCUGAUAUUUGCAAAUGCCACCUCCGUGCCAGACACUGCAGAUGUGCUGAAAACUAUACUGGAGGCGAAAUUUGCUUCCAACGAUACCCUUCUGCAAAAUUUGACAAGUAUUAAUGUAACUGAACUUUCAAAUGCAUCAACUGCUGCUCCUCCUACAUCAGUGACUCCAACCACUUUACCAGCACCCACAACUACAACUACAUCACCACCAGAGGCAAUUGUUGUGCUGGAGCUAACAUUUGACCAACCAUAUGAUAACAACCUGUCCAACUCUUCCUCUGAUGCAUUUCAAGCACUGGCACAACAUUUGCAACAGUUGCUUGAUGGCAUCUUAAGUAGAAAAUAUGGUGGACGAUUUAGAAGAUCUCGUGUCAGGAGCUUCAGGCGAGGUUCAGUUGUGGCAGAUUCAGAUCUAAUAUUUGCAAAUGCCACCUCAGUGCCAGACACUGCAGAUGUGGAGAAAACUAUACUGGAGGCGAAAUUAGCUUCCAACGAUUCCCUUCUGCAAAAUUUGACAAGUAUUAAUGCAACUGUUCCAGUAAUUACUUCAACUACUGCUCCUUCCACAUCAGUGACCUCGACCACUUUACCAGCCAGUGCAACAACAACUACAACGGCAACUACAACGGCACCUACAACAGCAACUACAACGGCAACUACAACGACAACUACAACUACAACUACAGCAACAACAACAACUACUACGACAGCAACUACGGCAUCUACCACCCCAGCUGCGACAGAUCCCCCUACAGCCACUGAGGGUUUUCUUGAUCUACGCUUUCGCAUGGACAGAACAUUUACAUCAGACCUGAGCAACAAUUCAACAACACCUUACAGUUCACUGUCUAAAGAAGUAACCGGAGAGGUCAAUAAAGUGUGCCAGAACCUCUAUGCACCAUUUUAUCGUCGCUCACAUGUUAACAAUUUCACGAAUGGAUCUAUUGCUGUCAACAUGGAUCUAAUCUUCAUAAACUCUUCUUCAUUGCCUCCAUUGGCUUUAGCUAAAGUACAGUUGGCCAGAGCACUCAACGACACUACUCUGAAUGUUAUACCAGGCAGCGUCGUUGUGGAGUCCUCGGCCAUCAGGCUUCUUCAACCCUCAAUGAGUACACUGACAAUCUUCUCACUCACAGUGCUGGCUUUGGCCCAGAUUCUGAAUCUCUCAUAGUACCCAGGACAGAUACUGUCAUUUGUUCGAAUUUGCUCGCAGAAAAAAAAUUGACAUGACAAUUGCGCAUUAUGAAAUUUACCAUGUGGUAAAAAGAUGUGUCCUGAGUGUCAAAGAUUGAAACAGUUUUACAGUAUUUUCUAAAGCUAAUAUAAUGUUUUAUUUAAUGUACUAAUCAGAAAAACUCUAUUAAAUAACUACUCGAUGUAUUUGUUUCUACAUUUGCUCUGAAAUGUUGAAGUCUUGAUUUGAAUUUAUUUUGAAAAUGUUUAAUUUAAAAUGUAAAAUGUAUCUGCAGUUAAAAAAAUGUUUCUUCGUAAAACAACCAACUCAGGAAUAUUGUGGAAAAUAAUCCAAAUGAAAAUGUAUGCAUUUAAUAUUUUGUAUCAAAAGCCAAACAACUGUGGAUAGGUGAUCUUGAUUAUCGAGCUGUGUGGGAAUCCCGCUGGAAAAGCAUCUAGCCUUUAACUUCUAAAUGAGUUGCAUUUUAGGGACUCACCCAACAUCAAGUAAAUGGAAUGGUCUGUGCACUGACUUUGAAUGAGCUAUUGGAUAAAAGUUUAAUUUGUUUUUGAAAAAAAGAAAGAUUUUAAUUAUUUGCACAUCUGAUUUAAAAGUCAAUUUCAGUUCUUCAUCUAUAUGUUUAAAAAAUGGUAAUGCUAACAUUUUAUUGUUGAUCAAUAAAAUAAUUAAAGUCUUUCUCUUAAAGACCUGAGUUUGUAUUUGAACUUUCAAUUUGUCUUUUUUUGUUGUUUAAAUAGUUUGACAGAUAAACAUUUCUAUCUGUGAUGAGAAAACUCCAUAUUGAUUUAAAAUUAUGUGUCAGACCAUAUCAUAAGCACAGCCUGUGAUGUGGGAACAUAUUCCUUAGGGCAAACCUGGGCAUUUUACGGCCCGCGGGCCACAUACGGCCCUUUGGUUGACUUUGACCGGCCCGCGUAAGGUUAAUUGGAAAUUACAAAAUAAAUGUAUUUUCUCAUUUUACCUCA